AUGUAUUGUAAUCUAGAGAAAUAUACCGCGCAUAAAAAAAAUAUAGUAGUAAAAUCUUUUUGCGAUGAGAGAGACCCCAAGACUAUGAAUAAAUCAAAUAAAGUCAAGAAACCUUCGGUGGCCAAAGUCUCAACUAAAGCUGCUUCAUCAUCACUCAAGUCUCAGGAAGCAAAGAGAAAACAAGUUUUCCGUCCAAUUCUCGAUAACUCAUUUACACAAUCAAACCAAUGGCCAUUUAUAGAACCAACUAUUGCAAACGAUAUUGUUGAUCUACUAGAAGUAUUGCUAAAAAUGCAAGACUCUACAUUUAAAUACCGUGGGUUUAAUCCAACUGUGUCUGCUCUUGAAAAACAAGCAGCUGCUAAUCGUGGUAUACAUAAAAAUGCUUGUGUACAAAUAAAGUAUGUAUUUGUGUGCAAGUACGAUAUAUCCCCAGCAACGCUCACAAAUGUGUUUCCUACGUUGUGUUUCACGGCGUCAAAAAGUGCUGAAGAUCGGGUUAAGCUAAUCCAGUUACCAAGAGGAAGUCUAGAACGGUUAUCGAAAGCACUUGGGGUAGAUAGAGUUGGUAUAUUUGGUCUAACUAAAGAUACUGAAGGGGCACAACCGUUAUUUGAUCUUAUAAAUGAAAAUGUCAAAGAUAUUGAAGCUCCUUGGCUAGACUGUAUUUUCCGUGAGGAGAUGGUAUUUAAUCAACCUAACACAAAGCAUGUGGCAAGUACUGUAGGUAGAAAGAAAAACAAGUAG